AUGCGAAUUUCGUGGAUAUUGUACGUGGCUAGCCUCGCGGCAGCAGCAUUGGAUGCGUCCGAAACCUGCUCUAGCACGGUAUAUAUCACCAGGACGACUGAUGGAAGCUCUUCUACUUCCGCACCUGCUGUCACUGUCGCACCCGACGGCAGUGGUCAAUUUACGGCAGUCGGCGAGGCGAUUUCGUACGCCCAGAGACACGAUAUCCCAACUGUGACUGUGCUCGCCGGCACAUACCCAGCGGUCACUGUGACUGCUACUCACUCUGUUACGAUUCUCGGCGAAACAACAAGCGAAUACGACAACACCAAAAACCGGGUGGUUAUCUCGAGCGAUACGAAUGCUCUCACGAUCUCAGCAAAUGUGGCUAAACUGACAGUAAAAAACGUCAAUUUCGUCAAUACCGGAGCAUCCGGAAGCGCCGUCAGUCUCAAAGGGACAAAGCUCGGAUUCUAUCAGUGUCAAUUCAUCUCCUCCGGUGGUUCUGCAAUUACGGCGAAUCAAGCACUGGCGGUGAUCGCGAACAGUUAUAUCGAAGCUCCGACGAAACUGAUCUACGGAUCGUCGAAUAUAUACAUCUUCAACACAGUCAUUGUGCCAACCGACAGCUCAGCGGUGAUUAUAUAUACCGAAGGCCCGACAUCGGACAGCAAAUCAACAGUAGUGAUUGAUCAAUCCACCAUUGCUCGAAAACCAGGAGGGCAGAACGAUAAUGUUUACCUAGCAGCUGCAUACGGGCCCGGAUCGGUGGUAGUGUACCGAGAUACCGCUCUUGCGGGUUUGAUCGCGCCCAGUGGCGUCAAGGUUGACAGCGCAACUCAAGAUGGCGCCAACCUCUACGGUGAAUAUGAUACAACGGGCGACGGGGCUUAUAUGAACAAUGAAGAUGCUAGGUCGCCCUACGUUUCCAAACUACGCUCUUCAGACCUAGCCGCGGUUAGUAUCGGGGCAGUUUUGGCCGGUGGCAGCCCAGAUGUUGCGACGUCUGACACGACCUGGGUUGACCUUCUGGUGUUGGGUGCUAUUGAAAGUGCAGAUGUCCGCUCCGGAUCAUCACCUUCAGGCGAUGGCUCAGGUGGAGAUGAGUCAGGGUCUGAUGAUGAUUCAGAAUCUGGCAAUGGAUCGGGAAAUGGCUCGGGCUCAUCCUCUACCAACGGCGGCUCUGGAUCAUCUUCUGGUGGGUUGGGCGAAGAUUCGGGCUCUGGAUCCGGCGAGGGUAAUGGCUCUAGCGCUGGCGCUGGUAACGGCUCAGGGUCGACUGCUGGGGAUGGUGGAUCUGGCUCUGGCUCUGGCGAUGGUUCAGGGUCUGACGACGGUUCAGGGUCUGGUGAUGGCCCUGACACCGGCGAUGGUUCUAGCACCGGCGAUGGUUCUAGCACCGGCGAUGGCUCUGACACCGGCGAUGGCUCUGGCUCUGGCGAUGGUUCAGUAUCUGGGGAUGGUUUAGGGUCUGGCGACGGUUCUGACACUGGCGACGAUUCAGUGUCGGGCGAUGGAUCUGAGUCUAACGACAGCUCUAACAGUGGCGACGGUUCUAGUACUGGCGACGGUUCAGGGUCUGGCGAUGGCUCUGGCACCAGCGAUGGCUCUGGUACCAGUGAUGGCUCUGGCACCGGCGAUGGCUCUGGCUCUAGCGAUGGUUCAGGGUCUGGCGAUAACUCAGGCACCGGCGACGGCUCGGGGUCUAGCGAAAGCUCUGGCACUGGCGACGGUUCGGGGUCUGGCGAUGGUGCAGGGUCUGGCGAUAGCUCUGACACCGGCUCUGGCUCUGGCACUGGCGAUGGUGGAUCUGGCGAUGAUUCUGGCACCGGCGAUGGUGGAUCUGGCGAUGAUUCAGGGUCUGACGACGGUGCAGGGUCUGGCGAUAGCUCUGGCACUGGCGAUGGUUCAGAUACCGGCUCUGAUUCUGGCACCGGCGAUGGUGGAUCUGCCGAUGGUUCUGGCACUGGAGACAGCUCUGACACUGGCGAUAGUUCGGAUACCGGCUCUGGCUCUGGCACUGGCGAUAGUGGAUCUGGCGAUGGUUCUGGCACCGGCGACACCGGGGACGGCUCUAGUACUGGUGAUGGUUCUGGCACUGGCGAUAGCUCUGGCAGCGGCGACGGUUCAGGGCCUGGCGACGGUUCAGGGUCUGGAGAUGGCUCUAGUACUGGCGACAGCUCUAGCACCGGCGAUGAAUCUGGCACUGGCGAUGGUUCAGGGUCUGGCGAUGGCUCUGGCACCGGCGAUGAAUCUGGCACUGGCGAUGGUUCCGGCACUGGCGAUGGUUCCGGCACUGGCGAUGGUUCCGGUACUGCCGCAGGGUCUGACGAUGGUUCAGGGUCUGGUGAUGGCUCAGGCGCUGGCUCAGGCACUGGCGAUGGAUCUGGCGAUGGAUCUGGCGAUGGAUCUGGCGAUGGAUCUGGCGAUGGAUCUGGCGAUGGAUCUGGCGAUGGAUCUGGCGAUGGAGCUGGCGAUGGAAAUGGAAAUGGCGCUGGCAACGAUUCAGCGUCGGGAGAUGGACCAGGGACAGGCUCCUCAUCUACUAGCAGUGGUUCUAGUUCUGGUUCUGGUGACUCCGGUGGCGAUAGUUCCGAGUCUGGCACUAGUGCUGGGUCCUCUCCUAGUGGUGAGGCUUCUGGCUCGCCGAGCGGGGAUGGUUCGGGAGCAGGAGGUAGUGAUGCAUCAGCCUCUCCUGGAUCAUCGUCUAGCGGUGACUCUGAGGAUGGUUCAGGAUCGGACGCAGGGAACGGUGCUGGGAGUGAAUCAGGCUCUUCCUCAUCUGGUAGUGGAACAGACGAUGGCUCUGGCUCCGCUUCAGGAGAUGGCCCAGGCGGCAGUGGAACGGGAUCUGACUCCGAAGGGGGUAGUUCGAGUGGCAGUGGUGGAUCUGCUUCAUCGGCUACUGGAAGUGGCACAGGGAGUGAUGGCUCGGGCGGCGCAUCAUCCAGCAAUGGCUCAGGAAAUGGUUCAGGGAGCGAUGAUGGCUCCAGUGGAUCCUCAGCUAGUGAUGGCUCAGGGAGCGGCAAUGGGUCAAGUCUCGCGUCGUCUGGCGAUACCUCAGUCGAUGGCUCGGGCUCCUCAUCGAUCAGCUCUGGCUCUGGCGAGAAUGCAGCGGACGGUGCUGCAAGCGACUCGAGCGGAUCAUCAACUGCAUCAGGUUCAGGUGAUAUCACUGGCGGUGAAGGCGAGAUCAGCCCGACAACAACGUCAAUGACCUCUGCCACAAGCACUGCCAGUGCCGCAGAAACACCACCAGCAGAAACAACCACUGUCACCGUCACACGAGACUCUGUGACCAUCACGAUGACAGAAAUUUCAACAACCACAACUACAUCCACCAUUACAGUGACCCCCGUAACUUCAACUAAGGCUCCAAUCAUCGGCAUCAAUCUUGGGUUCCUGUCUAUCACACUGGGCCCAAAUAUGAAAGCAGAUAAUGUGACGACUAUUGUUAUCUCAACUGCUGCUCGCACUGCCCACCAAUUUACCAUCACGUCAACUCAAACAGUCCUGACAACCAGUCUUCGGACUUUCCACCUCAAGCCGUCCACAAUUACAUCCACCGUGACGAGAUUUGUGGGGACUGGAACAGUGACAGAAUCCGCAGAACCAACAACAGUUUUAUCCAGAGUCAUGUUGACCACAACCUAUACAAAGCUUGUGACCACCACACUGACCUGUAUUCCAACGACGAAAAAGACCAAGCGUGGACUGCUGAAACCUCGGUCUACUACCGCUACAAGAACCACAAUAAAGCGGAGCCAGCAUGGAUUACUGAAGCCUCAAUCUACUACUGCUGAAACCUCUCCUACCGUUCUUUCAGCAGGGACUGACUAUCUUGUCACCUCCACUGUCACUUUGGCGGGCCACUUUCACCACAAGAUGGACAUCUUAACAAUAACCACCACCCUCGAUCCAAAGACAACUACAGUUACCGUGACCUCGCUAGCAACAAGCACAUUCUCAACCACCGUUCCAAGUGCCACGCGCGAUGUCACGGUUACCAGAACUGCAGCCGACCAUCAUGCUUCGAAUGACCUGGAACCCCAGUCGACAGCAAUUGACACAUCAGCCACAGCCGAAACGUCAUCAAUGCCUUCAAACAAUCUCAUACUUACCUCCACAAACACCAACACUGAUACAACUGAAGUCACGGUCCACCCACCCUUCACAACCACCGUGGUCACAAAGACGGUCACCAUCGAGUCGACAUCUACAUAUCCAGGAAUUACGUCGGCAGUGAGGCGGACUAUUACGGAGACGAGAACCCCUUCCGUCACCAUCACAUCUCAAGCGACUUCCACGUCAACCGAAAUUGCAAAGACCGUCUCUACGACUACGACACACACAGUUACGCAGACAGCUGAAAAUGCUCCCAUCUGCACGAUUUGA